AUGACGGACGAUGCCGAAGCCGAAGCAUCACGCUGCGGUGGCAGCCCCCCGCCCCUCAGCGGCCAGAACGGGGAGAUCACCAGCUACAAGAUCCGAUACCGCAAAGGAUCCCGCCGGAGCGAAGCUGCCGAGACCACCGCGGGGACCCAGCUCGUCAAGCUCAUCGACGGUCUGGAGCGCGGCACGGAGUACUCCUUCCGGGUGUCGGCCAUGACGGUGAACGGCACCGGACCGGCCACCGAUUGGACCACGGCAGAGACCUUCGAGAGCGACCUGGACGAGUCCCGCGUACCGGACCAGCCCAGCUCGCUCCACGUGCGCCCGCUGGUCAACAGCAUCGUGGUGAGCUGGACGCCGCCGGAGAACCAGGACAUCGUGGUGCGCGGCUACGGCAUCGGCUACGGCAUCGGGAGCCCCCACGCGCAGACCAUCAAGGUGGACUACAAGCAGCGCUACUACACCAUCGAGAACCUCGACCCCAGCUCCCACUACGUGAUCACCCUGAAGGCCUUCAACAACGUGGGCGAGGGGAUUCCCGUGUACGAGAGCGCCAUCACCCGCCCGCAGUCCGUACCAGACCCCUCCCCCAUGAUGCCGCCCGUGGGCGUUCAGGCCUCCGUGCUGAGCCACGACACCAUCAAGGUGACCUGGGCCGACAACUCGCUGCCCAAGAACCAGAAGAUCACCGACAACCGCUUCUACGCCGUCCGCUGGAAGACCAACAUCCCCGCCAACACCAAGGUCAAGACGGCCAACGCCACCAGCCUGAGCCACAUGGUGACCGGCCUGAAGCCCAACACGCUCUACGAGUUCUCCGUCAUGGUCACCAAAGGGCGGCGCUCCAGCACGUGGAGCAUGACGGCACAGGGCACCACCUUUGAAACCAUCCCAAGCUCGUCCCCGAAGGACGUGACCGUGGUGAGCAAAGAGAACAAGCCUCGCACCAUAAUAGUCAACUGGCAGCCUCCCUCUGAAGCCAAUGGGAAGAUCACCGGCUACAUCAUCUACUACAGUACAGACGUCAACGCCGAGGUCCACGACUGGGUCAUCGAACCGGUGGUGGGCAACCGGCUGACCCACCAGAUCCAGGACCUGACGCUGGACACCACCUACUACUUCAAGAUCCAGGCCCGCAACUCCAAGGGCAUGGGCCCCAUGUCGGAGGCCGUCCACUUCCGCACCCCAAAGACUGAGUCCUCUGACAAAAUGGCUAACGACCAAGCCUCAAAUCUUCCACCCAAACCGGGGCCUCCAGGGAACUUCCAUCCACAGGACCCCAGAACAGCUGUCGGCGUCGGAGGCAACGGCGAAAGUCACAUCCUGGUCAUCGUCAUCAUCAUCUCCGUGGGAGCCUUCACCAUCAUCGUGGUGGUGGUCGGGGCCUUCCUGUGCACGCGGCGCACCCACGUCCCACCAGAAGAAAAAGCGGGGCGGCCUCCAAGUCGUCCAAACGGCUCGCACAAGUACAAGGGGAACUCCAAAGACCUGAAGCCCCCGGACCUGUGGAUCCACCACGAGCGGCUGGAGCUGAAGCCCAUGGACAAGUCGCCGGACCCCAACCCGGUGAUGACCGAGACGCCCAUUCCCCGCACCUCGCAGGACAUCACGCCGGCCGACGCCGGCCUGGACGGCAACCCCCACCUGCAGCAGCGCCGCAACUCCUACCGCGGCCACGAGUCAGAGGACAGCAUGUCGGCACUAGCAGGCCGACGAGGGAUGAGGCCUAAAAUGAUGAUGCCUUUUGACGCGCAGCCGCCCCAGCCCGUGAUUAGCGCUCACCCCAUCCAUUCCCUCGAUAACCAUCACCACUAUUAUCACAUGGGCAGCGCGGCGUCGCCGACGCGCAGCUACCUCUACCACCAGGGCGGCGGGCACCCGCGCCCGCACGCCUGCGCCACCCCCGUCUCCCAUCUAGAAAGGGUGGAGUCCACAGAGUCGGUGAGGAAUGCCCCAUCUCGGAGCCCCUCCCAGCAGCAGCCACCAUCCUCCCAGGUGUCCUGCCCCUCGGAGAUCAUGGUCGACCCGGAGGGCAGCUACCACGGCUCCACCACCACCGAGGAGGAGGCCAGCUACUCCGGCAACCUGCCCCCCCACCGCUCGGCCCACCCGCACGCCCACGCCCACCCGCUCAAGAGCUUCGGCGUGCCCGCCGUCGCGGCCGCCGGCCAUCCGGCGUACGAGUCGCCCGCCCUGCCCAGCACCCCCCUGCUGGCUCAGACCGGGCCCCCCACUCACCCCCAUGUUGUUAAAACAGCCUCUAUCGGAACCCUAGGGAGGACACGGACACCGAUGGUGGUCACGGUGCCCAACGCCCCCGACGUGCCCGAGACCAGCAAGAUGCUGGAGGAUGUCGACAGCAGCUACGAGCCCGACGAGCUGACCGAGGAGAUGGCCCACCUCGAGGGCCUCAUGAAGGACCUGAACGCCAUCACUACAGCGCCAUAAAGCACGCACGCGCGCACACACGCACACACACACACACACACACUCCCUCCGUCAUCCACACGUACACACAGGAAGACGCACACACUCUAAGGUCAAACUAACACGAAGCUCGGGACGCCGGUGGACACUGAAUGGCUCCUCGUGCCGUUUCUCACGUCGCCCCCCCCCCUGCAAGAAAAAAAGAGAGAAGAAGAAAAGCAAACAAACUGCAGACUGAAAACGUUUUUUCCCGCCUCGAAGGGGGGGAGAGCGGGGGGGGGGGGGGGGGGGGGGGAGUGGAGUCGGUUCAUCUUUUUCACGAAGAGCCGGUCUCAGAGACAAUGAACUUUUUCAAAAACGUCGACACCCCUUUUCGACCCGAAGAAGGACGGCGAGUCGGCCUCCUCCGGCGGGCCGGCGAAAGGAGGGACGUCCGGGAACACGCGCUGGUUUUGAUGUUGGUGCUCAUGCGGCGAAGUCUACACACAGUGUUUGUUAUGAUUAGUGUUUUCUUUGUGCAUUUUGUGUAUCUAUUGGGCCGUUUCAGUGAAGUGAACAUUGGAUAUCAGCCCCCCCCCCCCCCCCCCCCCCCUCUCCCUUUUACAAGCCUCCAUUAUUCAUAGACUUUGUUUUUACCGCCCCGUGUCUUAUAUUGUGCCAUGACUUUUUAUUAUGUUCUAUAUUAUUGUAUUAUUUUUUUACACACAUAUCCUUAUAAACAUGUACAUAUGUUGUGUGUGUUUUUUUUUUAACUGCCUCCUCCUUUCGAUGUUUCCCAUCUGUUUCAUUAUUAUUAUUAUUAUUAUUUGAGAUGAAAGUGGGAUUACAAGCGAGUCCUGACGCUCUGUUUUCAUAUCAAAAAAAGGGGGAGAGAAGCCGGGUGUGUUUUACUGUUUGUUCCUCCCCGGCAUCGUGUCGUCCCCCCCCCCCCCCCCCUUUGGUUCUCGUCUGUUUGUCGUGGGAGCUCCGUUGGAAAAAGCCUUACCAACGGGUCCGUGUGCAGGACUUGACAGUGUCUCCUCACAUGUUGGGGGUACCUAAAGGACGCUGACCUCCCCCCCCCCCCCCUCAACAGAGAAUAACUCGCGUGGCGGCAGGCAGUCAAUCGAUCAAUCGCCUGCAACAGACGAGUUAUCUUUUAUACGAAAAGUUCGGUCGAAUGUUUGUUUCGUUUCCAAAAGCCAAUAUUUGGUUUCAGGCGUUCGUCCCGUGGAGCAGCGCUUCCUCGCCUCUUUGUUCGUGCCGUUCAUCAAACGCCCUGCUUCUUUUACAAAAGAUGGCCGUUUGAAUGGGACCCCCCCCCCCACCCCCUGAAUUUUUUUUUUUUUACAUGGUAGUUUUUGUAUGAAGAAAAAAAAACAAAACACAUGAAUCUUGUUCUAUUCACAAAUCCGAUGUAAAAAAAAAAAAAGGAAGAAAAAGAACGUUCAUCCAAGAAGCUAGUUUUUCAUUACCCUCUUACCCAAAGAAAUUUGUCAUUUCCAAUCACAGUAAUUUGCUCUACUUUUGUGAAUGCCAUGUUUCUCAUAAAUGUACAUCGUCAGGAAUGUCAAUAUAACUGUAAGAGAUUUUAACUACGGAUACAAACGAGGAACAAGUUUUGGAGAAGACGUGAUUGAAAACAAAAGGGGGGGGGGGGGUUGAAAAGGACCGGACUCCAUUUGGGAAAUAAUCUAUUGAGUUGUAAACAGUUGAACCUGUAUUGCACUUUUUCACAAUUUUUGAAAAGUACAUUUCUUACAUAUCUUGUGUUUUAAAUAUCAAACGCUGUUUGUGUAACGUAGUGUCCUAGGUAAGCAGCAGGCAGCUGGUCUUGUUUUUUAUGUUUAUUCUUUUUUUUUUUGCUUUUUUUUUUUUGCUUCAGAAAGGAAUUUGAGCAGCCGAGUUGUUUGUUUUUUCGCAGCUCAUGAUGAGGAAUUAUGUUGUUGCUUGUUCAUGUACAGAGCUUUCUCUGCUUUCUGUAGAAAACAAAUCUGUGGCUUUUUUUAAAAAAAAUGUUGAAGAAAAGGUUUUGAAAAAAAAAAAAAUGUUUUUUUAUUGGUGCUCCUAUACAUUGUGUAUACAAACUAUUAUGAAUACUAACAAAGUGAAUGUUUCCGUUUGUCUUAUUUUCAUCCAACAUGCUCACGAUGCUCGUCAGGUAUUAAUAAUAAGAGCUGAGGUGGAAUUUAACAAACUAGAAUUUCUCAAGUAGUACUUCUAUUUUAUUGUACAGCUGUUAUUUUAGAGCUUUUUUUGCCUCGCAUAGUAAAAGAAUUAAAGCU